AAAGGUUUACUAUUAAUAAGUUCCUUCCGAGGUAACACUGGCGUUUUCACAAACUGGCUUGUCGAGUUCCAACCACGUGACUACCCGUAAACUCAGCAUGCGAUGCAUCCUCCGCUGUUGUGAAUGGUUUCAGUGUUGUUAGCUCCAGGCAGACGAUAGGUAUAACCAGACGAUAGUUCGCAGCAGACGACAGUUAAGACCUCCUCAUCGCUUUAACCUUUUCAGCUUUGGAGUGAGCUUUGGAGUUAUCAUUUCUGACUCUUGGAUAUCUUAAAGAAUGGCGAGUGUAUUUGGAGCUGCGGCUAUACCCUUUGUCGCAUGCAUAGCCCUCCUUUUGGCGGAAUCAUUGCAGAUCCUGUCUUUCGCAGCUCCGUACUGGGCGUCGGAUCGCUUCGGUUCGUUUGGAUUAUGGAGACACGUGAAGUGUGUUGGAGGCUCGAACAUUGACUGCUUCCAGUACGAAUAUCCGUGGCACGUGGAUGACUGGCUCAAUGCAGUCCGGGCAAUGGAGAGUCUCGCCAUCAUCUUCAUCGCCAUCCCCCUCGUGGUGAUGCCCGUGUACAUCUACGUGGCCCUGGGACUGUACUACAGAUGCAUGCUCCUCACGAUGACGGUGUUGGCACUUCUAGCAUCUCUGUGUAACAUAGCCGGAGUCGUGGUGUACGGCGUGACCAUCGGUCAGACGUCGGACUGGGAGGUCGGCUGGUGUCUCAUUGUCUGUAUCAUCGGCGCCGGCUUCGACUUCAUCGGCUUCCUCAUCUUCCUCAUCGCCGCUAUCAACAAGCCCAACUUCAGCCCUGAACGCUUCACCACAUCAGGGUACUACGUGGACCCCGACAGCAACAAGUUGUACGCCGUGGAAGGGGUGGAGCGAGACUUUAUUAGGACGGACGUCUCACAGUUUGGGGGACAUUCUAACCCUGGAUUGGACGUUGAGUAGGUGAUCAAACACAAGACAAUAACUGGACUAAGCUUGGUCCGGUGCGUUGACAAUGACCACAGAACGGUAUUGGUACAAC